AUGGCCUUGCUAGCGUAUGACUUUAAGCGCAAGGCAACGGAUAUCAUCUCGAAUGCAGAAUACAUCUUCAUUGAUUCUGCAAAGGAGACAAAGACCUGUGAGGCAUUGGUUCAAAAGAUUCUGGACCUGGUCUUGAAGAUCGGCCAGGGCUUGUACUACUGA